GUAGGACUCGUGUCGGCGACGGGAGUCCUUCCUGUCUCAAAACAGUACGCGACUUCCUCCCGGCCGCCUGCAAUCAGGACACGCAACGAGUACAGGUGGAGCACAUUUCCUAUCGACGUUUGAUGACAAGGAAGUGAGGGCGACGCUCUGCGAGUCACGCUUUGAACCGCAGAAGCGUCGCGAGCCGUCACACUCGGCUGAGAGACAAGGAAGUGAGUUGAGUUGAGCUCAACCCCCGCAGGACGCUUUAAGACAGGCGCGCGGAGAGAACCUCCAACCCGUUUCGCCAGUCGCUCCGGCGUUUCCGUGGGCCCCGCUGAGCCAAAGCGUCCUCGCUUGUAGUUGCGGCACGCCUGACGAUGAGCGGCGACGGCAAAUCGCUCCACUCGGCCCUGAUCAAGGCGGAGGUCAAGCGCUACCAAGCGCUCUGCGACGGCAUCGGCAGACUUUCCAAGCAGCUGGAAAGGGUCUCGGAUCCGCAGCUGCGCUCGGGCCUCAGAGCUUACCUGCGCAGUAUCGAAGUUAACAUCGCCAACAGUCAGGAAUGGAGCCUGAGCAGACCCGUUCCGGAGCUGAGACUGGGCGUUCUGGGAAGCGUGAAAAGCGGCAAGUCGGCGCUGGUGACCAAAUACGUCACCGGCUCUUAUGUGGCGCUCGAGAAAGCCGACGGUGGCCGCUAUAAGAAGGAGGUGCUGGUGGACGGGCAGAGUUAUUUAUUACUGAUUCGAGAGGAGUGCGGUGCACCUGACGCGCAGUUCAGCAGCUGGGCGGACGGCGUCAUUCUGGUGUUCAGUCUGGAAAACGAAGGCAGCUUCCAGGAGCUCUACCAGCUGUACAGCAAGCUGGGCUCGCUGCGCGCCGACGUCCCCGUCGUCGUUGUCGGCACUCAAGAUAAAAUCAGCAGCAGCAACCCGCGCGUGAUCGAGGACCAAAGAGCCCGCCAGCUGUGCGUGGACGUGCGGCACUCGCUCUUCUACGAGACCUGCGCCACCUACGGCUACAACGUGGAUCGAGUGUUCUCGGAGGCCGCCCAGAAAAUCGUGGCCCAGAAGAAGCAGGCGGCGCUGCUGGCCUGCAAGUCUCUCCCCAACUCUCCCAGUCACUCCGGAAGUUCCACGCCGGGAUCGGCCUCCUUCCCUGGCCAGGUCAGUAACGGCGUGAGCGGCGGCUACGCCUGCUCCCUCCCCUCCACCCCCGUGCUCGGUCACAGGGAGCUGAGGGUGGCGCACGGGGAGGGGGGCGGCGGCUCCCGUUCCCUCAAGGGCAUCCCCCGAAGACCCUCGCUCUUCAAGAACCGGGACUCGGACAAGAGAGCCGCCGAUGCCAAAGGAGACGCCGGCGCCGCUCGAGCCCUUCCCAUCAAGCAGAGCGUCCUGUGGAAGAGGAGCGGCAGCUCCCUGAACAAGGAGUGGAAGAAGAAAUACGUCACCCUGUCCACCAACGGCACGCUGUGCUACCACUCCAGCUCCAGUGACUACAUGCAGAACGCGCACGGAAAGGAAAUCGACCUGCUGCGCGUGACGGUGAAGGUUCCCGGCAAGCGUCCUCCGAGAGCCGUGGCGCCGGCGGGCCCCUCGCCGGCGGCCCCCGCCUCCUCCGGCAUCAACGGGCUCAGUAAGGAAUCGGCGGCGGCUGAGGGCGCCGGCGCAGAUGCCCCGGAGGGGGCGUCCGGACCGUUUUCCGGAAAAGACGCCGGCCAAUCGUCUCCGAUGAGCGACCGCAAGAAGAACAGGAGGAAGAAAAGCAUGAAUCAAAAAGGAGACGCAGCCGUCGGGCAGGCCGAAGCCAAGCGCAAAAUGUGGAAGCUAAAGAGCUUUGGUAGCUUGAGAAACAUUAACAGGACAGAUGAAGAAAACGCCGACUUCAUCGUGGUGUCGUUUACGGGUCAGACGUGGCACUUUGAGGCGCCCAGCCUGGAGGAGAGGGACUCGUGGGUGUUGGCCAUCGAGAGCCAGAUCCUGGCCAGCCUGCAGUCGUGCGAGAGCGGCAGAAACAAGGCGCGACGCAGCAGCCAGAGCGAGGCGGUGGCGCUGCAGGCCAUCCGGAACGCCAAAGGCAACGACCUGUGCGUGGACUGCCGAGCGCCAAACCCCACCUGGGCCAGUCUCAACCUGGGCGCGCUGAUCUGCAUCGAGUGCUCCGGCAUCCACCGCAACCUGGGCACGCACCUGUCUCGGGUGCGCUCGCUGGACCUGGACGACUGGCCCGGGGAGCUCACGCAAGUGCUGGCCGCCAUCGGCAACCACGCGGCCAACGCCGUCUGGGAGGGCCGCACUCUGGGCAGGGCCAAGCCCGCGCCCAACGCCUCACGGGAGGAGAGGGAGUCGUGGAUCCGCGCCAAGUACGAACAACGGGCGUUCGUGCCGCCGCUGCGGCCGCGGGCGGACGACGGCGACAUGCCGGCGCGACUGCUUUCGGCGGUGACCGAGCGAGACCUGGCGCGCCUCCUCCUGCUGCUGGCCCACAGCAGCAAGGAGGCCGUCAACGCUCAGCCCGCCCCCGCCGGCACGGCCCUGCACGCCGCCUGUCAGCUGGGCGACGUGGUCAUGACGCAACUGCUCAUCUGGUACGGAAUGGACGCGAAAGCGAGGGACCGCCAGGGCCGGACGGCCAUGAUGAUGGCCAGAAAAGUCGGGAGCGGAGGCUGCGUCGAUGUUUUGCUCCAACACGGCUGCUCCGACGAGACGUCCCCCCCCCGCCGCCGCCACGCCGGUCCUCUCCCGCCGCUCCAGCAGCGCCAGCCUGGGUCGCAGCGGCUCCAGCAAGCACGCCUCGUAGCCCGGCCGCGGGCGCCGGCCCGCUUUGGCGACUCUGGUCAAACUCUUGUCCAGGAGGCCGCAAGAGAGAAAAAAGAGCGACGGGGCUUCAAGCGCAGGUGGGGGACGCCGCUCACGUCGCUUGAGCCGAGUCGCCCGUUUUGCCACCAAAACUGACACCGGACUCUACUUUUCGCCCGAGGCUGGAGCCGCGCCCCCGGGCGGGUCUGCCGCGGUCACGUUUGAAAAUGUUCAUUUGCGUGAGAGCGGGCCCUUGGGCCCUUGGGCCCUUGGUUUUGUUCUUGAGACAAAAGCGCCCUUGAGCUCGGCGAGCCGCCGCCCGCCGUGUUCCGAUGAGGCCCUCCGAUGACGCAGGCACGAACGCCGACCGUUCUUCGGUUCCACUUUGGUGAUUUUGCUCCGGGGGGGGAAAAGCUCAAAUGACGACACGCGGGCCUGCCAUGCCAAAAGCUAAAAGACCCGCCGACUAUCUGACGCCUCGCUUCCUUCAUCGCCGUCAAGCAGACGGGCAAUGAAGGUUGCAACUUUCUUUCCGCUCCAACUUCACCUGAAUUCUUUGCUUCAUCGAGAAGAGAACAAAGCAAUAAAGUCGGGAAACGCGACGACGUCUCACUUCAAAACAAA